AUGGGUCGUUUUCAAGGAUUAUUAUUACUAGCUUUGGUUUUGAAUUUGGUGUUUGUGUGUAAUGGAGGUACAACUAGUAUUUUUGUUAGGAAAGAUGAGAAGAGUGUUGAUAUGCCACUUGAUAGUGAUGUUUUUCAUGUUCCUUCUGGUUAUAAUGCUCCUCAACAGGUUCAUAUAACACAAGGUGAUCUUGUGGGUAGAGCAGUAAUCGUAUCGUGGGUGACCGAGGAUGAAUCAGGGUCGAAUGCAGUCCGUUACUGGAGUGAAAACAGCAAGCACAAGAAGUUAGCUAAAGGGAAAACUGUAACUUAUAGAUACUUCAAUUACACAUCUGGUUUUAUUCAUCACACUACUAUUAAAAAUUUGAAGUACAAUACCAAAUAUUACUAUGAGGUUGGACUUGAGCACACAACAAGACAGUUUUGGUUUACAACUCCUCCAGAAAUUGGUCCUGAUGUGCCCUACACAUUUGGUGUCAUGGGGGAUCUUGGUCAGACCUUUGAUUCAAACAGGACACUUUCUCACUAUCAUUUGAACUCAACACAUGGACAAACAAUGUUGUUUGUUGGAGAUCUCUCUUAUGCCGAUGACUACCCGGAUCAUGACAAUGUUAGAUGGGAUACUUGGGGAAGGUUUGCAGAGAGGAGCGCUGCUUAUCAACCGUGGAUAUGGACCGUAGGAAACCAUGAACUUGAUUUUGCUCCAGAAAUCGGUGAAAACAAACCAUUCAAGCCUUUUUCGCACCGAUACCGUACUCCUUAUAAAGCAUCACAAAGUACUUCACCAUUUUGGUAUUCUAUCAAGAGAGCUUCAGCACACAUCAUUGUCUUGGCCUCAUAUUCAGCAUAUGGAAAAUAUACACCACAAUACCAAUGGCUUGAAGAAGAACUACCGAAAGUUAACAGGACAGAAACUCCAUGGUUGAUUGUUCUCAUGCACUCACCUUGGUAUAAUAGCAACAGUUAUCAUUACAUGGAAGGAGAAACAAUGAGAGUAAUGUUUGAGUCAUGGUUUGUUAAGUACAAGGUUGAUGUUGUGUUUGCUGGUCAUGUGCAUGCCUAUGAAAGAUCUGAACGUGUCUCGAAUAUUGCAUAUAAUAUCGUAAAUGGUAUUUGCGCUCCUGUAAAAGAUCAAUCAGCUCCUGUAUACAUAACCAUUGGAGAUGGAGGGAAUAUUGAAGGCUUAGCAACCAACUGCAGCUACACAGAACCACAGCCAAGUUACUCAGCAUUUAGAGAAGCUAGCUUUGGACAUGCCAUUUUUGACAUAAAGAACAGAACACAUGCUUACUAUAGCUGGCACAGAAAUCAAGAUGGUGAUGCUGUUAAGAGUGAUUCCCUUUGGUUUUUCAACAGAGUUUGGAAGCCAGUUGAUGAUUCCACAUGAUCAUGUUUCCCAUUAACAACUCAUUGAUUUAC